CGGGGCGGUCCAAGUUGGGAGAAUUGAGGGGUCUGGGAAUCCCGUUGACUGUACGCUGCCAUUGGGCCUGAUGGAUCCGCCCUUUUCUUGAUUCCCGUCGCAUGGGGUUCCCGGCCACCUCAGCCUCCUAAGGGCAGCUGCUAGUUGACGCUCGCCAAUUACUCCCUCUCCUACAUAUUUUUAUUUAGAAUGAAUUUUUCAACUAUUUUAUCUGCCUUUCACUUGAAUGGAAAUGCGGCUAUGGGCAAGUCUCAAGUCAGCCACACUCCUGUAGGAGCUUUUGCGGUGCUGAGAGAAGAUGACUGCUGGUUCAGUGUGUGUCCCUCAGAUCAUACCACUACGAGUGCCUCAGCCUGGAAAAGCUAACCAUGAAAUUGAUAACAAUACGCUUUUGGAAAUGAAAUCAGACACCCCAGAUGUCAACAUAUAUUAUACUCUGGAUGGCAGCAAACCUGAAUUUCUAAAGAGAGUUGGUUAUGGUGAAAAUACCACAUUUAAGUAUAUAAAACCUAUUACUCUGCCUGAUGGAAAAAUACAAGUUAAAGCUAUUGCUGUCUCAAAAGACUGCCGACAGAGUGGCAUUGUGACAAAGGUGUUUCAGGUAGACUAUGAACCACCAAAUGUAGUCUCUCCUGAAGACAAUGUUGAAAAUGUUCUCAAAGAUUCUUCAAAACAGGAAUCCAAAAAUGGGUUUGUUGGAUCAAAACUAAAGAAGAAAUAUAAGAACUCUGAAAGUCAACGCAGCUGGAAUGUUAACCUUAGAAAGUUUCCAGACCUCCAGGUAGGUGAAAGAACUGACCCUAAAACUUUGAAACAUCUUCGCUUCUCAGAGAGUCCACUGGAAAUCCCAGCUUGUGGUGAAGGAUCAGGUUCUAGACCACCCACCCGCCAGUCCCAGUCUCCCGGUUUUGCACAUGUAAGUGGCCAGAAGUGUUUGACAAGCACGGAGGUAAUGAGAAUUCAAAGGGAGACAGACUUCCUCAAGUGUGCCCACUGCCUUGCCCCCCGCCCAUCAGAUCCCUUCGCUCGCUUCUGUCAAGAAUGUGGCUCUCCUGUCCCACCCAUAUUUGGCUGCCGUCUCCCACCCCCGGAAGGAGCUCAGAUGGGCUUAUGUGCAGAAUGCAGAAGCUUGGUACCCAUGAACACUCCCAUCUGCGUGGUGUGCGAGGCCCCUCUUGCUCUACAGCUGCAGCCACAGGCAAGCCUCCAUUUGAAGGAGAAGGUAAUUUGCCGGGCCUGUGGUACAGGAAAUCCUGCUCAUCUGAGAUACUGUGUCACCUGUGAGGGGGCCCUGCCUUCAUCACAAGAGCAGUCGCUGUACAGUGGGGAUAAAGCCCCGCCUCCGCCCAUGCAGAAAGGGGGGACCAUUUCCUGCUCCAGAUGUGGUCGCUGGAAUCUCUGGGAGGCAUCCUUCUGCGGCUGGUGUGGCACCAUGCUUGGCAUUCCUGCUGGCUGCUCUGUUUGCCCUAAAUGUGGGGCCAGCAAUCACCUAUCUGCCCGAUUCUGUGGCUCCUGUGGGAUUUGUGUGAAGUCCUGGGUGAGGCUCAGCAUGGACAGAGGCCUGGCUCUAGCUGCUGAGGAACCACGCCCUUUUUCUGAGCCCCGAUGUGCCUGGCAGUCUCUGAAUAUUCCUUUGCCCAGAUCUGAUUCUGGGACUAAGAGGGACAUAGGCACACAGACUGUUGGCCUAUUUUACCCAUCCAGCAAGCUGCUAGCAAAAAAGGAACUGGAAAUAGUCUCUCAAAAGCAGAGGCAGGAGAAAAUGAGUGACCACAGACCCCUUCUCACAGCCAUCAGCCCAGGAAGAGGGUACUGGAGAAGACAGCUGGAUCACAUCUCUGCUCACCUCAGGUGUUAUGCUCAGAACAACCCUGAAUUCCGGGCCUUGAUUGCAGAACCCAGGAUGGGAAAGCUUAUCUCUGCUACUGUCCACAAAGAUGGUUGUGAAGUCAGCAUCAGACUGAAUUAUAUUCAAGUCUCAAACAAGGUGAGGAAACUGAGGCUCACAGAAGUUAAGCAACCUGCUUCUUCCAAGGGCACUAAGUCAAACCUUUACCUGAACAAGGCGGUGAAUUUCAGCGACCACCUUCUGAGCAGUGCUGCUGAGGGUGAUGGGGGGCUUUGCGGCAGCAGGUCCAGCUGGGUGAGUGACUACUGCCAAACCACCUCAGAUACUAUUGAAAAAGUCAAAAGGAUAAGGAAUUUCAAGACCAAAACAUUUCAAGAAAAGAAGGAGCAGCUUGUACCUGAAGAUAGACUCCUGUUGAGGGAAGUUGGACCCACAGGCGAAGGAAGAGUCUCUGUGAUUGAACAGCUGCUGGAUGAAGGAGCAGACCCCAACUGCUGUGAUGAAGACGAUCGACCUGUCAUAACCGUGGCUGUUAUGAAUAAGCACCAUGAAGCGAUUCCGGUUCUCGUGCAGAGAGGAGCCGACAUCGACCAGCAGUGGGGGCUGCUCAGAAAUACAGCUCUUCAUGAAGCAACUCUGCUUGGUCUUGCAGGAAGAGAGAGCAUCGCCACUUUACUAGGAUGCAAUGCAAGCAUCCGAAAGAAGAAUGCAAGAGGCCAGACAGCGUACGACCUGGCUCUGAACACUGGAGAUGACCUCAUCACCUCACUCUUUGCUGCCAAGUUUGGCCAAGGGCUUGAGGACCAACUCGCCCAAACUAGGAGCCUCAGCCUGGAUGACUGUUAGACCUGAGAUUUCCAUGGGGCUUCAUUUAAGAAUAUGUACAGCUCUGGCUAUUCUUCAAUUGUGUCUUUCUGAAAUGUGUAUUUGAGAUUAGAAAUUGAGGUUGAGAGGAACUCAUGGGAUUACUAUUUUUUUUAAUCACAUGACAGUAUAAGCCAUCAGUACUAAAUGGACAGCUCCCAGUAUGCUGUGGACUGUGAUGAAAUGAAUGUAUGUUUUUAAUGGUUUAUUGCUGCAGUUUUUCCUUGGGUUUGAUUUUUAGUUUUUAACUUAUUUUUCAGUAGAUAAUAAUUGCACAUGGUUCAAAGCUAAAAGGUAUGAAGUAUUAUGUAGGGAUGCGUCCCUCCCAUCCUGUCCCACAGCCACCACUUCCCUCAGCCACCAGUGACACCAGUGUUGACUUCUCUUUCCAGAGGUCAUGCAGAGUUAGAUAGGCACAUACCUGUGGUAUAAGCACAUGUACCUAAGACUACACAUAGAAUCUAAACAUGUGUGUAGCACAUAUAUAUUCUUUAGCCUCUGUUGAAACAAAUGGUACCAAACCAAUGGUACACACUAUUCUUCAUCUUCUUUUUGCUUGAUACAUCUUGUAGGUGUUUCUAAUUGGUAUGUAAAGAUUGAUCUUAUUUAAAAUUUUUAUAUGUUGAAAUCAUCAAUAUUCCCAUCAUUUUGGUUUGUUUUUUGGUUGACACAUCAGCUCUCAAUAAACCACUUGCAGGGAUGUGUAA